GUUCAGUGUUUGUAAAUGUUGAUGUUUUCUGUUUUCGUUUUGCUUUUGAAACUUUGCAGUCACAGGUUAAGUCUGUAGCGGUGAAGUUAAAAACCUCGAUUAGUGAAAACAUGUUUGUAUUAUUCAAGGACGAUCUCAUAUUUUUAAAUCGACAUUGAUGCAUUCGUUCGUAAUCGGAAAUCAGUUAAAUGCGCUUUAUAUAAACACUUCAAAACGCGAAAAAGUGCUUUAUCUAUUGUAAAGUGCGCAAUUUAUCGAUUUGUUUCUUUGAACAAUUUAUAUAAACUAAUUUGCUAAAAGAGUACUAAGCAAAUGUUAAUUAUUUAAAAAUUAUUAUUUAUUUUUUAUAUGGAAAAUUAGGGCAUCCUUAGACCGGUAAACAAUUCCACGUGAUCAAAGCAUGGUAUUAGUUGGAAGGGGGGAUGUGUCAAGAGAUAUUUUACAGGAAAAUAGAAUAGUCUCUAUUUCUAAAAUGUUGAAGAAUGAAGUUUUGUACUGAAUACGGGGAGUUUGUCACGUAGUAGCGUGUUAAAGAAUCUUGUAAAAAUACCUACCCUACGCUAGGAAUAUUACCCCUUUUCGUCGUUACUGCCGUGUUUUUUUUCGAGUUGUGUUCCAAAAAUGUUAGUUUCGUACUGGUUAUAAACAAGUGGUGGUUAUCAAACUUUGUGAAAAAAAUUAACCCUAAUGUUUAUGUUUCUAAAUUAUUGUGAUUUUGUGACAUGACUCAAAUACAGAGAGACACCGUUAUCCAUUUGGUGGCUGGAGGGGUGGCUGGAACAACCGGUGCCAUCGUGACCUGUCCCUUGGAAGUAGUGAAAACCCGCCAGCAAUCUUCAAAAAAUGGUUUCGUCGUUGUCCGUGACCUCCCCAACGUCCCCGGCGAAACAAGUCAGCCGAAAACGACGUGUAGGACCGUCCCCGAUCAGAGGCGUAGGUUAUGGACAACAUGUCAAUAUAGCCGGCCUCAAGUUGUAGCUCUUUCAGGUUAUUCGCUUGCCCCGGCGCAGUCCCUCAGCAUAGUCCAAUGUCUCAAGCAUAUCGUCCAACAUGAGGGGCCCAUGGCUUUAUUUAAAGGUCUUGGGCCCAACCUUGUUGGCGUCGCUCCGUCCAGGGCCGUCUACUUCUGUACAUAUUCCCAAGCCAAGGCCUUCUUGAACGGGGUAAUGCCUCCGGAUUCGCCGAUCGUCCACGUAUGCUCAGCAUCAUGUGCUGGAUUCAUGGCAAGUACCCUCACCAAUCCCAUUUGGUUUGUAAAGACUCGUCUCCAAUUAGAUUUUAAUAGGAAUAGUAAUGUGACUGCUAUGCAAGUCGUAAGAAGGAUAUAUGCUUCGAAGGGCAUCCUAGGAUUUUAUAAAGGCAUAACUGCUUCCUACAUGGGUAUAUCGGAAACGAUUGUCCAUUUUGUGAUAUAUGAAGCCAUAAAAGCCAAACUGAUAGCGCACAGAUCGCACGUCAGCGAUGAAAGAAGCUCAAAAGACUUUUUGGAGUUUAUGUUGGCCGGCGCCAUUUCGAAAACUGUUGCUUCUUGCAUCGCUUAUCCACACGAAGUAGCAAGAACUAGGUUAAGGGAAGAGGGAAACAAGUAUACUGCUUUUUGGCAGACUUUAGGUCUGGUAUACCGAGAAGAAGGUGUACGAGGAGUAUACAGAGGCUUAACAACCCAACUAGUAAGACAAAUACCUAACACCGCCAUAAUGAUGGCGACAUACGAGGCUGUCGUUUACAUCCUAACCGCCAGAUUCAAUACAGAAUUCUACGGGAAAGAAGAAGAACAUUAGUAUUUCGAUAGAAUUUUCUUAAGUCUUGAAACAACGAGAGGGUGCUAUCAAAACGGAGAGGUCUUUACGAGUUAUGUAUUACAAGAAGGCUUUACUUAAGUACCUUUAUAUAUGUAUAUUUUUUAGAAUCUUUGUAUAGAAAAUUCAGAGUAUCCAUUAGGAAUCAUCUAAGUUAUAUAUGUGAAUAAAUGAGGAGAAGUGACAAAUUAAAAAAAUGUUUAAGUUUGGGAAUGUAUAUAUAAUAAUUAGAAAUUUUAAAUAUUAUAAUUUUGUUAUUGUGUAAAAAGAAAAAAAUAAAAUAUCAAAUUAAAAAAAAACUAUUUUUCUGAACAUUAUAUUAUGAUAAUUGCACGUAUGUAGGCAGUAACUAUAACAACUGUUGGAACUCUAGUUUUCUAAUAGAAAAAUAUUUUUGCAGGUACAACUAAUAUUUUUGUUAGAAGUUAGUUGUUCUAGCAGAUGUCGCUAGGGCAUCCCUGCCAUUUCGUUCAUUGCAAUUCGUGACUGUACGCCGCGGGUUAUUCUGGUUCAGUUAGAGAGAGCUGCAUAUGUGCCUCCUGAUGAAAGACUAAUUGAAACCAGGGCCGUAACUACCAUUGGGGCAACCGGGGCAGUGCCCCGCAGGGGCCCCUUUUGUUUGGCCGUUCAUAGAUUUUAAUGAAGAAAAUAAAUUUAAAUUGCUACUUAGGAAGUUAGUUAUUUCGGCGUAAUAAAACCUAAAAUGCCGUUGGAAGAGGGGGCCGGGCUAGGCUAGGGGCCUCCGAGACCUAUCAUAAAGAUAUAAAUAGGGAUGUUCACAAAAAAUUAAAAAGUCAUUUCAAACAUGUAAAACGAUUAAGAAACACCCUAGGAAUAAUUGUCCAAAAUUUCAACAAAAUUGAAAAAGCCUUUCUGUAAAAAAUCUUUAUUAGAAAUCUAGCAUUAUUUUAAAUUUCAAGAACGCUUCUCUAUUGGCCUGACGUGACUAGUUGCAUACCCCAAGCGCGCGCCAUUCUCACAGUGUUACUGUUUACCUGUUUGACGUUUCAGGUCAUUUUAUUUUGUUCUCUUCUUGUUUUAUCAGGGUUAAAGUGGAGUUUUAUAGUGAAUUUGUUUAGUUUAAAGUGGAUAGACUGUUUGUAAGGACAUAUUUUGGGUUUUACAAAAAUAAACAAAUAAAAUGGAAGAAGGUUUUCAGAAAGCCGAUUCGUAUAAACUACCGACUGUAGUGUAGAUGUAACAAUGGUGUAUGAUUUAUUGGCAUCUUGUAAAAAAAUAAAUCUACCACAGCUUUACUGAAUGUAUAUUCCAUAUAAUUUUCCAUGUCUUCUUUAAGCUAAAAAAAUAAAAGCUUAAUACUCCACAAAAAAAAUAGAGAAAGUUGUAUGCAUGCAUUGUACGCAUGCAUAUUGUAUACAUACAUUGGCUGGUUUUUACUUUACCUUCGUUAGGUGUAUUAAAAAUAUUUUUAUUCUUCUUCAUGUGCCUUGUCCGUUGUGGACGUUGGCUAUCAUCAUGGCAAUUUUAAUUUCAUUUGAGGCGUUUCUGAAUAACUCGAUCGAUUUUUGUCCAAAUCAUUGGCGUAAGUUUUUAAGUCAUGAGUGUCUUUUCUUUCGGGUCCGCGUUUGCUCUCUAUUUUACCUUGCGUUAUCAGUUGGAGUAUACGAUAUUUAUCAUGCCUCAUGAUAUGACCGAAAUAUUUAACAUUUCGUUUCUUCAUUGUAAAAGAGAUUUCUUUUUGUUUUCCCAUUCGACGCAAUACCUGUACGUUGGUGUGGGUCGUCCAGGAUAUUUUGAGGAUACGUGGGUACACCCACAUCUCGAAUGCCUCUUAGCUUUUUCAUUAAUGUUUCCAUUAUUGUCCAGGCCUCUGCGCCAUAUAGCAAGACCGGAAAUAAUAACAUUUUAGCAGCCGCAUUUUUAGUGGGAGAGAUAUUAUGUCGCAAUGGGUGAAAAUAUUUCUCGUGCAUGUUGUUAAAUGUUGCUACGUCCUUUUCAACUCUAGAUUUUAUUUCGGUUGUUUCGUAUUUCGAGUUGACAACUGUUCCAAGGUAAAAAAUAUUUUUGAACUUGGAUAUUAUACAUUUUCAUUUCAAUCAAUCUUUUCACUAAAUUUUUAAUGAUUUUAAUAAAAUAUAAAGUCAUACCUACAUCCACAUGUAGGGGAGUGCAUUUAGAUUUUCACUUCGGAAAAAAUCAAACAAGAUAAAACUUUUUGUAAUUUCAUUAAGAAAUGUUUAAUAAACAACAUAUCAAAAAGUUCUACUCGAGAAGUGGGUGCUUCAUUUUUUAUUAAACAAAUGAACAGCGAAGUUAGAUGUUUUUUUUAAAUAACUCCGAAAAUAUAAUUUUUAGAAAAAAACUGACUUGACCAUUGAAAAAUUCAGAAAAUUUUACAAAAAAAACCUUAUAUAAAGAUUUUUCUAAAGUUAAAUCUCUAGCUUCUGUAAUUUUUUAUUUAUAACGCUAAAGUCACCCUUCUCACACACAUUGGCGCACUGUAAACUAGCGUUGGAAGAAGUGCACGGUUGAGUUUUUUUAAUGUAAUUCUUUAACUAAUGGAUCAAAAGAAAUAUUACAAAUUGGACAUGAAAGAAGAAGAAAUAAGCUAUCUUAUGGUUGUAAUAAAAAGAAAUAAAAUGUAUGGACGUAAGUAGGGUGUGGGCGGAAAGUGAGCCUUACAUGAAUUUUGUUUAAAAAUGAUUUAAAAAUGUGUAACUAAUACAAUUUUACUUAUAAAACUCUCAAAUUUGCACAACUUACCUCUCAAUCAUCUGACUAAACGAUGUUUCAUUCAAAAAAAAUUUCAAAAAUUUAAUUCAAAUAAUACGAUGUCUCAAAAAAUGUAAUUUUUGAAAACUUCGUAGUUUUACAGAAUUCCCACCACUUUAAGACGGUAUUAGUCAAGUUUGAAUAAAUAUAAUAAAAUUUUUUUGUAAUUUUUUUAAAGCUUGGGAUGUAGUCUUUAAAAAACACUGAAUUAUUUUAAUUUAAAAAUGAAAUAAACAAUUUCUUUUUGAGAAAACUUAGAAAGAUAACAAAAAUGUAAUACAAAAACCGAAAAUUACCUGCUGAAAAAAUGUAUAUACAGAGUGAUCAAAACUUUUUUCUGUAAAAAUUACCUAAAAUACAUUUAAUAAUAAGCUUCAACAAUAAUAAAUGUUCAACAAAAAAUUUUUUUUAGCUCUUAUACAGUAUGUCUGCGUAACUUGGAACCUAUUGAUAACUUUUUUAAUAUCAGUUUACGAAAAAAAGUUAUUCUUUAUAAAAUACUCUGCAUCAUAUAUAGCAUAAGAUGCAACCAUCAAAUAUCCAAUUUUGUUAAUUUUGUAUGAGGUAUGUCAAAAAAUAUGAAUUUCACUCAGGAGUAAAGUACCUUUAUAUUUCACAAUAUCGAAAAUGUUUAUAAAGAAAAGUUGUUUGGAAUUAAAAACUAUGUUUCAAUAUGUAAUUAUAUCCUUCUAAUCGAAAAUUUGUUUUUUUUAAAUAUUCUUUCUAAUACAUUUUAAUUUUUAAUAUCAUUGUGAAAAUUAUUUGUUUAUCUUUUUUUUUAAGAAUGAAAUUCCAUAUUUGUUUGAUUGGAUUCUACUUGUUUUUCAUUUAAAUAUCCACCAUUUUAGAUCCCCCAUUUUGAAAUUUAAAUUUUUAAUCUUUAAUUCAGAUUCAACAACCUGUUAAAAAUAAAGACAAUAAAUGUUUUAGAAAAAUGUUCUUUCUUAUGUUCUUUUUAAAAAAAUCCGCAUCUUGGAUCCGCCAUUAUAAUGUUAACAUUUAAGUUAGGCUUAUCAAAGCUCUCAAAAAUAAAUAUAUGUAGAAAUAAAUACAUUUUGUAAAGAAAUUAUGAUUUUACAACUAUUUUUUAAGUUAUCCGCCAUUUUGGAUCUGCCAUUUUAUAAUUUAAAUUAUCCAGAUUUGAUUCAGGUUCAGCAACCUCUCAAAAAUAUCCACAUAUAUGUAAACAAACUCGUUUUAUAAAAAAAAAUCGGAUUUUACAACUACUUUUUAAGGAUUUUUAGGAAAACAGCCGCCAUUUUGAAUCCUCCAUUUUGAAUUUGCAAAUUGUAAUGUCAGAUUCGGGUUCAGCAUAAUCAAAACUAAAAUAAAAACAUUUUUUAUCAAAAUAAAAUGUUGAAUUCACCCAUAUUCUUAACAUUAUUUAUACAAAACAAUUGUUAUUGUUUAAACAAUUAAUAAACAAUUAGCGGCGAAAUUUGUGAGUAGAACUUUUUACUUUAACAUAUUUAUAAACUAACAAAAAAACUUUUAGAAAAAUAUAACCUUGUUUGAUUUUUUCCGAAACAUUGUAUCUUUUCGUUCUAAUUGCACUCCCCUAAUGUAGUUAUUUCAAGGUUUACUUUUACUGUAUGUAUUAUUAGAAUCCCGUUUUUAGGAAUAUCCCAGUUUAAGGAAUACAAAUUUGAGGUCCCGAAACUUUUUCAUUUACUCUUUAAGGGGGUAGGUGCAAUAUCUUGGUCCAAUGCUAUUUAAAUUCAUUCAUUUUUUUCGAAUCCUGAGAAAACUAAUAAGUAUUUUUGAAAAAUGUAAAUGCAGAAAGAACAAUUACAAUAUUACCAAGGGCCGAAAGUCUCUGGAAAACUUCUAUAAUGUUUAUUUUAUUAAGUUAGUUCUUUAAGUUAGUUAUUUUAAGUUCUAGCUGCAACAAACCAUUUCUUUUUCUGUUUUAAAUUGGCUGGAACGGUAAUAAAAAUCUUGUCAGAACUGUUUUUUGAUGUUAAGUUGAUAAAUUUAAAUGAACUAAUGAUAAAAAAACACACCCAGGAACAAAACACCACUUAUUUGGCUUUAUUUUUAAUAAUUAAAUACGUAAAAAACUGCGCACAUUCAAAUACACUGAGUAAAUAAGUAUACAAAACUAGUCGUCGAUCAAAGACGUUACGACUGCUGACGUCACAGACCGUAGCCUCGCUGCAGGGUAUCGUUUUUCUAGCGUCCAAGAAAAUCAACAUUAUGAACUCAUUUAUCUUAAAAAAUAUACAUUUUUAAACAGAGAACUGUUUUUUGAUGUAUUUACACACCUAGGAACAAAACACCACUUAUUUGGUUUUAUUUUUAAUAAUUAAAUACGUAAAAAACUGCGCACAUUCAAAUACACUGAGUAAAUAAGUAUACAAAACUAGUCGUCGAUCAAAGACGUUACGACUGCUGACGUCACAGACUGUAGCCUCGCUGCAGGGUAUCGUUUUUCUAGCCUCGCAAGAAAAUCAACAUUAUGAACUCAUUUAUCUUAAAAAAUAUACAUUUUUAAACAGUUUUAUUUUAUGAUUGUUACGUUUUUAUAUACCUUGUAAUCUAUUGAAUUUAACUAUAUUUAAAAAUUAGUGAACAUCCCUAUUGUUACUGAGGAAAUUAGUUAUUUUGGCGAAAUAAAAACUUAAAUGCAACCGGAAUCGGGGUCCCCGGUUCCAGCUACUUUGUUUUAACCAAUUUACCACAGACCAAAUCUUGGUACGUUAAAGGAACCACAUGGUACCACAUAUUGAAAAGAAAGGAAAGGAUAAGAUGGAAUGAGCACAUCAGGAUCAGUCCCACCAGUACCACAGCAUGAUAAAUCUAACAGCAGUAACAUUCUCGAAGGCGCGUAUCGCCUUCGACAGUGACUGCUAAAGGUACCGGAUGUCGUUUUCUAAUAUCCCCGCCAAAUUGGAUUCUGCUCUUAUUGGAGCUGUAUAAAAAUAACUUCCCGACGGUCUCCUCCUUUUUGACAUUUUCCUAUCUCCUUCAAUUUUUCUUCCACUUUUUCCUUAUCGAAUUUUAAUGCGUUCUCGAUUUUUUUUCUUCCACCUAUUCAAUUCUCUAUAUCUCCUCAGCAAUCUGGUUUACCUCUUCCGGCAUUUUCUCUCAAUAAACCUUCAUAUCUUCAUAUUUUCUAUUCGGUUUUGAAGUUUCAAGAAAUUUUCUUCUUACUGUUUCAUUAUAUUAUCUCAUUUUAUUUUACCAUCUGUUAAUUUUGUUGUUUUUCUUUUAAUUACUUUAAAGCGUUUUCUUGUCUUUCUUCUUGAAAAGAUGUUAUAUUGAUGGUACAUACUUGCAAAAUUAUUUAGCUUAAAAUAAGGUGUUUUCAAAAUUUUUUUGUGUUGCGUCAACUAAAAUAGCAAUAUGUAGGUACAAGAAACUUCAGUCAUGGAAUGCAUUAAAAUGCGUUCUCAAGAGGUUAAAUAUCAAACAUUUUUCCGGAUCCCCCCUUCCGCUGGGGGUAAACCCCCCAGACCCCUCAGUAGGGGGUCCCCAGAUUACGUUUGCCCCGGGGCCCCCAGCGUACUUACGGCCCUGAUUGAAACCGGUAGGGACACUUGCCGUGCUCUCUGAUUGAAUUUGAGUAGAAUGCGGCUGUCGUUUCGUAUUCCAACGAAAAAAAUGUUUAUUCAUUUUUAACUAAAAUUUUUGUGUCGAUUGUAGGUCUUUAUGAGUUUGAACUUUGGACUCUGGAGUUGAGUUUCAAAUAAAUAUCGGUUUAAUUAUUUUAAAUAUUCUGCAAAAAAUCAUUAUGUUCUGAAUGCUCGUCUUUUAGCCGAAAUUUAGUUUAAUAUACUUUAUUUAUUGAAAAAAGGCAGUCACAAAAUCUGUAGAAAAUAGAAACUCAGAAAUAGUUAUUUUCCUAACUAGUGUGUAAAUUGAUACUUUCACGCACGAGACUGCCGUUGCCGUUGAGUGCGGGGAAGACACUUUCCGCAUGAGUUAGGAACAGUAUUUUUUCUAGGGCCGUACGUUUGAAAAAAAGUAACAAAAAAUAGAGUUAUAUCAAAUUUUAUUUAGAAGUGAAAAUACACAAAUUAAUUCUUUGACAAGGUUGUCAAAACCAAACUUUCAAUAUAAUGGGUUACCACGACGACGAUAUUGGUUUCCAUGACAACGAUUCAAAACCAUUGUAAUUGUCUACUGAUCUGGUUUUUAAAUAUUAUGUCAAAAUACUUUAUUUCAUCGAAUUAUCAGUAGUAAGUUGAGCUCUAAAAUUCUAUAUUAAUUUUAGAGAUCGAGUGCAAUUUGUUGCGAUUAUUUCAUGAAUAAAACUGUCCAAAACCAAAAUUUUAUUAUAAUUUAUUUAUGUAAGUACAAAUUAGUACAAUUAAACACACAGUUGUUAUAAAUAUUUGACGAUUGAAAGUCAUCACUUUUAUAAUUUUUAAAUCAUUAAUUGUCAUUAAUGUCACUGAAUGUAUUUUUUCAUAGCAACGAAGGGCAUCUGACGUAAUAUACUUGACGACGGGAAAUUAUCAAAAAUUAUCGGGUAUAAUAUCACAAGAGAGUCUGGGCUCGAGUGGCUAUUGCCCAAUGACAACAAAUUUGAGUAAAAAUGAAGCAUUAUUUUCUUAUUUAUUCUUACUGUCGUGUGGUAUUCGUAAGAUUAUUUUUUAAUACGUACAUUAUGGAUAUUUUCUUAAAUGUGACAGUUGUCAAAACUACGAAACUGGUUGCCAUUAAACAGAAACAAUCUACUUAAAAAAAUUCUAUCGGUAAUUUUCUAGAGUAGAUAAUUCUCAGUAUAAUUUUAAUCUGAUUGGACAGAAUUAAACACGUGAUCAAAUAUCUUACUAUACGAUUGGAAGUUAAAAUCAUCAAAAAAUAAUCAGUUUAAUUUUUAUUUCUGUAGCUUGAAAUCAUGAAAUAAUCGCGCUAAUUUCAUUAAAACAUGAACACAAUAAGAUAAAUUUGAAAUAAAUUAGUAAAUAAUAUCUAAAUAUUAGUUUAUUGCAUGUAUUAUAAUAUAUUAUAAUGUCAUAUUACAAGAUAUUUUACUUUCCGGCACGCCGUACGGGAAAGUGCAACUUUCGGAAACGAAAUGCAUGCGUGAAAGUGGCUCUUUUAGCACGGCCGUAGAAAAAUUUUUUUUCCAAAAAAUAUGUAGUUUUGAGUUUGUAUGCAGCGGUGUCAAUUUUAUAUAAAGUAAUAGCUAUUUGUAUAACAAGGAAGGAAAGUGCUACUUUUCCUCCCGAGAAUGAAGUUUACAGCCCGACGCGCAGCGGAGGGCAGUAAUCAUUCAAGGGAGGAAAAGGCACUUUACUCCCAUGUUAUACAUAUGAUUUUUCCACCUUCCUCAAAUAACAAGUCAUUCUUUCAUUUUUAAAUAAUUUAUUUAUGUAACUAACAAAAUUUUUUAGAGAACUAAAACUAACCAGUAGGUGCAUUAUAACUGUCAUCUGUCAAAUAUAAGUUAAAUUAUUAAUGUAAACAUUGUUAAAUUAAAAUAACCAUUUACUGUUUUUACCAUUCUGCAAAAUAGUUCUAUAAAUAAACGGUAAAAUGUAUAGAUACUUACGUAAUAGAUAAUGGAAUAUUGUAUAGGGCGUCAAUAAGUUAUUUCAUCAAUGACAUACCAUGACGUCACUUUGGGAGGAAAAGUACUUUUACUCCUAAAAAGUAUACUUUCGGUAGAGGUAGGUGGAAAAAUACUUAUCCGGUCCAAUUGAGGCCAUAAAUAAAACGAAUCUACAGUGUGACCUGUUUAGAUUUGGAGCAAACAUAAUUUUAAAGUUUGAAGUCAUCCAAUUUUUUAAAAGAUCAAUAACAAAUUUUAUUAGCGAUUUUGUUAUUAAAAAUUCUCUCCACCAAUGGAUUUAGAGUGCCUCCAAAUAACUGGGAUCACUUUAAAACUUGAAGACCCACUUAAGUUAUUAACAUUUCCAAACAUUCUGUAUGAAUAGUAAUGGAAAAUUUAUAUUUAAAGUACAGUAAUAAAAGAUAUUUAUGGACCAAAUUUAAAAUGUAUAUUUUCAUUUUUCGAUAUGUAGAAUACGUUUUCUGUACAAUACAAAAUUGCGACUGUGCGACUAGAUUUAAACUGCAUUCAAAGAGGUGAUAGUAAAAUUUCACAAGAUUUAUUUAUUAAAGAAAUGAGAAGUCCCACAUGUAAACAAUAAAUCUGAAAAUUCUCGUGAAUCCACUUUCUGGUAACAUCCUUAACAACCACCUAAUUUAUAAUAGACUAAGAGCCGCUAUAGGUGAAAUUUCUUAAUCAUUUUAAGCACGAUAAGAGCCUAUAACUUAAAUAGUAGAACCUAAAAGAAAACGUUUGAACACUGUACCGUCACUUUUCAGUGGCACAUGCGUCGACAGAGGCGCAUCAAACUUUCCACUUAUGGACGGGAUAAUUAAAUUAAAAGUUACCCUCCUACCAGAUUUAAUUUUUUUUCAUUUUUUACGUUCUAUGUGAUAACACAUAAGAUUCAGCAUAAUUUUAUCCCGCCACUUCAUUUCUCGUUUUUAUUUUUUUUAAUUUUAAAAUCCCCAUAAAAUUUUUAUGGGGUGCACAAAUUUCAUAUGUGCCUCCUGAUGAGAGACUAAUAAGUUUCGAAACCGGUAGAGGUGCUUGCUGUACUCUCUGAUUGGACUAGAAUAUGGUUCGGCUGUAUUUUCGUUUUGCAACGAAAUUGAAAAUGGUUAUUCAUUUUUGAUUUACAUUUACUCUGAUUGGAGUACGAAGGGAACCAUUCUCGUUGGAACUUUACCGCGCUGAGCAGAUGGGACGUGAAUUGUAAAUUGUAGAAUUCCCUCAUCUUCCUUAGUCUCAGCAUCCGUAUGGCUUGCAUAUUGUAGAAGCCUCGGAGGUGUAACCAGAGAAGGUUCCCAUUGUUUGCAUUCUGGUGGGGUGUAGAAUAGCAUUAUGUUGUUUUAUAUGCCAUUAGAGUGAAAACUUAGUCUUAAUAAACUCUUAAUUUGUAACGAUAAAGUCAUUAGUUUUCUAUAUAUGAGUCCAACUCCAUAUUUUUUAAAAUUCGCGUUUUGUGUACAGAAGGCUUCGCUUUAUAGGUAUCUUUCAGAAUAAAAUUGGCCCAACUCCUAAUUAUAUCUACUGAAGCAGAGAUGGCACCACUUGUAUCGAAGCCGUCAUACAAAAUCAAAAUAUUUCAGUUUAAACGUGGUCUAAGGUUUUGGCCUCACGGGCAGUUUUUUACGGCCGCCGUAAGAGCAGUAAAAAUCAGCGCGAAAUGGGUUCCACGGUGAGAAUAGUAGAUGGCCAGACUGAGCUGUAAAAUAUCGCGUGGCCAUCUACUAUUCUCACCAUGGGACCCAUUCUCGCGCUGAUUUUACUGCUCUUACGGCGGCCGUUAAAAACUGCCCGUGUGGCCAAAGCCUAAGUUUAAGUGUCAUUAUAAUAACGGUACAAAGCCGGAGUUGGACCAUUAUCACUCUGAAUUAGCACGCCACUUCGGGGAACGUGUUUUGAACUUGCAUGUAUUUUAAUUAAAAAAUGAAAGUUUUCGUUAUGAAUUCCGACGACAAUGAGGAUUAUAGUGAUUCUGGAUCAGAAUAUCUACCGAGUUCAGACGGGAAUAAUGAACAUUCAUCCGGUGAGUACUCAUAACUUAAGCCUAAGAGUAAUGAUAUUUUAAGGAAAAAAAAUAGUAUCAAAUUGCAAUUAACAUUUUAGUUAUUUAAUUAAGAGUACCUAAUUAAGUUUAUCUUUGCGUAGUUUAGGUCUCAAUUGUUUAAAUAACAUUAUUUAAGAUAUUUUUCCUUUUAAUUGCACUAAAACAUUGUGUUAUUGUUUUAGACUGUGAUGAGAGCUUUAGUAAUGAACAACUGCUGAUGGAACUCACUGCAAAUCCGAUUUCCAUCACUCCUGGUCUAGUACCACAACCAACACCAUCAACGAGUGCCCAAGCUGACAUUCCGGGGACUGUUCAGGGGGAAGCAGUAGUAAUUGAAAAUGAGCCAGCUGCUGUAGAAGCCGUCAUAAAUCAAGGUAAUUCUGUAACAUCUAGAAAACGAAUAAGAAAAGAAAAAGAAUGGAAAAUACACCAAAGAAAGAAAAGUAGAAAUAGUGGGAAAGAGUAUUUUGCCAACAAUGGAAUGAGAGUACCCGAAAAGCAGUUUGAUAACCCAGAUUGUGGUUGUACCAAAAAGUGUUCAACUUUGUUUACAGAAACUGAGAGAAAAACAAUAUUUGAGGAGUUUUGGAAACUUGGAAAUUAUGUUGAACAGAAUCUAUAUCUCUAUGGCCUGGUAAAAUCGAGUGCUGUAAACCGUAGACGUCCAAAAGAUGGCUCUGGUGUUAACAAACAGCAAGUAUUUCACUACUUAUUGAAAUAUAAUACGAAAACACAGAAGGUAUGCAAGAAAUACUUCCUUGCUACGUUUAAAAUAAGUAACGGACGCCUAUAUAGAUGCAUAUCUAAAGCUGUAGCAUCUGAAUGUAAAGAACGGCGUGGUGUAUCAAGUUCGAGACAACUAGAUGACUCAGACAUCGUAGAACACAUCGGUAUGUUUCCUGCAUAUCAGAGUCACUAUUCGAGAUUGAAAAACCCUCAUCGAAAAUAUUUAAACAGCAAUCUAACAGUAAAAAAGAUAUACGAUCUCUAUAAAGAAAAAUGUGCCACAGAGAAUAGGGAACCGAAGAAAUUAAAGUACUACUACUGUUGAAGAAGUCUUCAACAGUAAAUUUAACUUGCACUUUAAACCGCCCCACCGAGAUACCUGCAAGUUAUGUGAUGAAUUUGAAGUGAAAAUCAAAUCUACACGAGAAAAACAACUCAAGAAACGAUUACUACUACAGAAAGAUCUACAUCAAAGAAAAGCAGAUGCUGCCAGAGAGAGUUUAAAGAAUGAUUCAAAGAAAAUAGAUGAAGCCUAUGUGAUUACAUUUGACUUACAGAAAGCGCUACCCUACCCAAAAUUAACUACUUCAGUAGCCUAUUAUAAGAGGAAUUUGUACAUAUACAAUUUUGGCAUACAUUGCAUGAACAACAAAACAGGAUACAUGCAUGUAUGGGACGAAACUGAAGGUGGUCGUGGAUCGCAAGAUAUUGCAUCAUGUUUAGUGAAACACCUAAAGCAAGAAGGUUCUUCUUAUGAGCAUGUAAUUGCGUAUUCUGAUUCGUGUACGGGUCAAAACCGUAACAUUAAAACAAGCCUAUCGUUGUUAAAACUUGUACAAGAUCCAGACGUAAGAACUAAAAUUAAUAUAUUUGAAGUUCCUAGUUUCUGGUCACUCCUACUUGCUGAACGAUGGAGAAUUUGGUAUUAUAGAGAGUGCUAGCAGAAAACAUGCUCUUAUUUACAGCCCUCAGGAAUGGAUACAAAUAAUAUAAAAGUAACCUCACUUUGUCGUCACUGAAAUGCAGCGAGAAGAAUUUUUAAGCACAGAAAUGUUGGAAAACGAAGUAACAAACAAAAAGAAAACUAUCUGCGGUUAUAAAUUCAAUUGGUUAAAAAUUCGAUGGCUCCGUUUUCAACGAGAUCGUCCGCAACAGUUCCAGUUUAAAGAAACAUUGAACGAAUGUAUGGAGUUUUACACGUUAGAUAUUUCCAAAAAGAGAUGCGGUAGACCCAUGAAAAACCUGUGCAACGUACAGGAAGGUCCUCUGUAUCCAUCCAGAAGAGCACUCACUGAUGCAAAAAAAGAGACUUGUUAGACUUAUUACCUUACAGAAAUCUGCCGACGCAGAUAGCAACACGGUAUUCAACAGCUAUUAAUGAAGAAAAUCGCCCUUCAGCUGACGAGAAUAUCUUUCUAUCGUAAUUAUAAAGUUCUUCAAAUAAAUAAUUCUUUGUAUUACUGUGCUUUAUUAUAAUAUAUGUAUAUGCAAUAUCACAGUUAGAUAUUUUUAAAAUGCAGAAAUUAUUAACAAUGACAAUAAUUAAACCUCAUCCAAAUAAAUUUGUUCCAUAUUUUUAGGAUAAGAAAAAAAUCAAUCAUUUUAAAAAUGGUACAAGUCCAAUUUUAUUUUUUCAAACACAACUUAAACUCAGUAUUCAAGCAAGAUUUCAAUAUUUUAUGUCAUUGUUAUAAAACUAAACAUCUAAUAUUAAUUAAAAUCCAAUUACGGUACAUAUAUGAUAUUUCUAGAAUUAACUAUAACUGAUUUCACAAAACCUUCAAUAUCUCAGUUUCAACUUUUGUGGAGUUGGACCAUUGUUAUUCUGGGCGCCUCAUAUUUGAAGUUAAAAAUGAAAAGGCACACAUAUAUUUUGAUUAAUGUAUUAUGCUCCUUCGUAUUUAGCUUCAAAUAUCUCGAAAACUAAUGGCUUUAUCGUUACGAAUAAAGAGUAUGUUAUUUUCAUAGAAAGUAUUGGAGAAUAAAAAAAUUGCACUAAAAUACGAUAUUCCGCCAGUGGCGUAGAAUUUGGGAAGGGUCAACCAUUCACGUUCCCCCAUCGUACGCCUCUGGUAGUAACCAGAAACGUUUGUUUAACAUAAUUUAGUAGGGUGUACAGUACCAGCACCACUUACUAAAUUUCGUGUUGUUGUCCCAUGCCUGUCAGGAAAUAUUCAAAAAUAAAUAAAAUAAAAGUUUAACUUUGACACCCUGUAUUUCGGUUAAUAUCAACUUUUGUACUAAGGUAACUUAGCAUAAAUCGACCUAUUUUAACCUCAGGAAUCUAAGGUUAAGCUAUGGCCCAUUCUUUACCAAACACCCUGUAUAAAAGCAGACUAAAAAUCUAAAACUUAAAGGAAUAACUUAGAAAACACAAAAAUUGCCGAUAUCACUUAAUUAACCUAUGAAAUGCCAAUUGCGUCAAAAUUUCAUAACAGUGGACUAAACUUGCCUAUUACAAAAAAGCAUUACGGCGCGGUAAAUUUGAAUUACUCCUCCUGGUUUAAAGACAGAGUAUAGUGCUUAAACCAUUGAUUAAAUUAAAAAAAAUAUUAGUUCGAAUAAUUAUUUCUUAUUUCUAUGAUUUUUGAUUGUGAUAAUUUUCUUAAUUCAUAUUCACCGCUUUAUCAAAUUCGACUUUUUUUGCUAUUCUUGACCUGAGGUCAAUAUCAAAGAAAAUGUGCGAUAGCAUAUUAGAAUUUACGUCCAUCAAGUUAGCAGAACACAGUUAUUCUUAUACGAUAAUUAAGUGUAAAUAAAAUGCAAAUUUAAUGUUCCAAGAAAAAAUUUAUUGCUCUUUUUUUAAGUUAUCACAUGUUCUGCUAACUUGAUAAUCAAGCUAACAGAACAGUAGUUCAAAAAUUUGAUAAAUCAUUUAUAAUUAAAUGCCAAAGUAUUCUCUGAAUUUAAUGUAAAGUUAAUGUUCCAAGAAAAAAUUUAUUGCCCUUUUUUAAGUUAUCGCAUGUUCUGCUAACUUCAUAAUCAAACUAGCAGAACAGUAGUUAAAAAAUUGAUGAAUUUUAAUGUUCUAAGAAAAAAUUGAUUGCUCUUUUUUUAGUUAUCGCAUGUUCUGUUAACUUGAUAAUCAAGCUGGCAGAACAGUAGUUCAAAAAUUUCAUAAAUCAUCUAUAAUUGAACGCCAAAGUAUUCUCUGAAUUAAAUGCAAAUUUAAUGUUCCAAUAAAAAUUUAUUGUUCUUUUUUUAAGUUAUCGCAUGUUCUGCUAACUUGAUAAUCAAGCUAGCAGAUCAGUAGUUCAAAAAUUUGAUAAAUCAUUUAUAAUUGAAUACCAGAGUAUUCUCUGAAUUAUAUGUAAAUUUAAUGUUCCAAGAAAAACUUUAUUGCUGUUUUUUUUUAAGUUAUCGCAUGUUCUGCUAACUUGAUUUCAAGCUAGCAGAACACUAGUUCAGAAAUUGAUAAAUUAUUUAUAAUUGAAUACCAGAGUAUUCUCUGAAUUAGAUGUCAAUUUAAUGUUCCAAUAAAAAAUUUAUUGUUCUUUUUUUUAAGUUAUCGCAUGUUCCGCCAACUUGAUAUCAAGCUAGCAGUAGUUCAACUUUAACAUUGAACAGUAGUUCAAUAAUUAUUGAUAAAAUAUUAAAUAAUUGAAUACCACAGUAUUCUCUGAAUACUGUUCCAACGAUAAAUUUAAUUAAGAAGUUAAUAAACCGUGGGAAUUUUACCAAUAAUUACUACCAAAAGCAGAUGCGAUUAGAAACUCUAGAGCCAUUCUCUUUCACUGCACAAUAGAAGUUUUUGUACCAUAUUCAGGGUUGCCAAUUUAGCAGAUUUUGUACUAGAUGUAGUAGAAUUUCUUGUGAUUUAGUGCGAAAAUUUUAAAUCUAGUAGAUUUUAGAAUCUAGUAGAAAAUAUAGUAGAUUUUAGUAGUAGAACAUGCGAUACCUUUUUUUUCUACGAGCGUGGAAAAAUGUCUACUUUCGCGCACGCAUUUUAGUUUAGAAAGUUUCACUUUUCCGCACGCGUGUUACUUUUCCGCACGCGUGUUACUUUUCCGCACGCGGUUUUUACUUUUCCGCACGCGUGUUAAUUUAGAUAUGUUAAUAUGGCCUUAAAGUAAUUAUAAUACAUGCAAUAAACUAAUAUUUAGAUAUUAUUUACUAAUUUAUUUCAAAUAUAUCUUAUUGUGUUCCUGUUUUAAUGAAAUUAACGCGACAAUUCGAUGAAAUAAAAUUAUUUUGACAUAAUAUUCGAAAGUCAAAUCGGUAGGCAAUAACAGUCGUUUUGAAUCAUCGUCAUGAAAACCAAGAUCGUCGUCAUGCUAACUAUUUAUAUUGAAAGUUUGGUUUUGACAACCUUGUCAAAGAAUUAAUUUGUGUAUGUAUUUUCAUAUUAAUUAAAUUAAUUGAUUAAGAUUUGGUAAUUUUUUAAAGACUCUUAGAAAAAAUAUUGUUCCUAACUCUUGCAGAAAGUCUCUUUUCCGCACUCGACUGCUUGCCGAACUCCCGCUUCGCGUCGUUCGGCAAACUGCAGUCGCGUGCGGAAAAGAAUGACUUUCUGCACUUGUUAGGAAAAUAACUAUAAAAAAAGAGCAAUAAAUUUUUUCUUGGAACAUUAAAUUUGCAUUUAAUUCAGAGAAUACUUUGGCAUUCAAUUGUAAAUGACUUAUCAAAUUUUUAAACUACUGUUACUUAAUAAUCAAGCUAGCAGAACAUGCGAUAACUUAAAAAAAAGAGCAAUAAAUUUUUCUUGGAACAUUAAAUUUUCAUUUAAUUCAGAGAAUACUUUGGCAUUCAAUUAUAGAUGAUUUAUCACAUUUUUGAACUACUAUUCUGCUAGCUUAAUUAUCAAGUUAGCAGAACAUGCGAUAACUUAAAAAAAGGGCAAUAAAUUUUUUCUUGGAACAUUAAAUUUGCAUUUUAUUUACACUUAAUUAUGGUAUAACAAUAAAAUAACUGUGUUGUGCUGACUUUGUUCUGCUAACUCGAUGGACGUUUAGAAUUUAUCGAAAAUAAUUGAAUUUAUAAAUUUAAGAGUUUGUGAGGUAUUUUUUCAUUCGUUGAAGUUGAAAGGCAUAUUCGGCAUUUCUAAUCGCACCUGUAUUUCAACCUAGUGUUCAAGAUAGGUUGUUACUUAGUAAUCAAUGUAUUAAAACUUGGGUGUGAAUCGUAUUCACUUGUAUAGAAAGUUUAGAUUGCACACUGUACCUAUUACUUUUAUUCUCUUUCUAUUAACUUUUACUAAAUUCAAUAGUUUCAACUAUAAAAAAUAAAACGUUCUGUGUCAUCUGCAUACCUCUAGUUACUUAGCUUCAGUUCAUAGACGCAACCAGGGGGGGUUUGGAGGUUAAACCCCCCCCUUUACCAUUGGGAUGAACAUUAAUCCCUAUACCCCUAGAAAGUCUUCAGUAGUUGUAACCCCCCCCCCCAUAGGAUCAUCCUGGUUACGCCGUUGCUUCAUUUAGUUUCAUUCCUUUCUUAAUAUUACAUUUGCCAGAUUCUUUUUUAGUCAUAUUGCUCUAGCAAGUGAGUUAAAUGACUAAACAGGUUCUUUUAUAUAUCUAAAAAAUUGUAUUUUUAAACUGUUUCUGAACUAAACUUCGGAAAAUCAAUUACAGUUACAGUUUAUUCUAAAAUUGUUUGAGAAUUCCCAAAUAAAGACAGUGGCGGAUCUACGGGGAGGGAAAAGGGGGAAAUUUCUCCCCUAAUAAGGUCCAAAAUAAAAGAAAAAAAUUUUUGAAAUAUAAAAAUAUAUUAGCUGACAUGAAACUUAAACCACAUACAGACAAAUUCAACCCAAUAAAUAAGCUAGUUAGUGAAAUUGAGGAAACUUAAUGCAUAUAAGAUAUUAUUUAUGCCUUUUAAGUGGUUCGGAUUUAUCUUUGUUAUGUAUUUUGGUUGGCGUUUCAGUGGAAGUUCCCCCCUAAGGCAAAUUUCCCUUCCCAAUGUCGAGAUUCGCCACUGAAUAAAGAGAUAUUAAACCAAGAAGAAAAUCAGAGAAUCAAACUUCAAAUAGUUUUUAGAAAACUUUUUAGAAUAAGUUUUAUUAUUCACUGAUUGUAAAUUUUACCUUAGACAAUUUUGAAUUUUGUAAAAAAACUAUUCUAAAAUUACUUUUUGUUAGUAAUUUUUAAGAAUAAUUAUAUUGAGACGGAAUAUUUUUGAUUGUCUUGAACAUGAGGAAAAAGAAUUAUUAAUUAUUUGAAUUUUUCAUUUAGUUUCAAAUCUACUGCCUAUUUGAUGAUACUAUAAGAUAUUUAUAACUUGAUUUUUACACAAAAUUGUGUUCUUAAGUAAGAUUGAUAUUCAGUAAUUACCACUUUACAUCAACAAUAAAUUGAUGAUGAAAUUGACCAACUUCUUCAAGGACAAAUUUGACGUGUACAAAAUGUAUGGUUUGUGGUACAAAACACAAUUUGAUAUCCAAUUUUACCCACAGAUCACCUCUAAAGUGUUCUGUGAUUUUAAUGUGAAUCAAAAGAAAAUGAAAGAAUUUGAUGAAAUAGAACAAUUGGACAUGUUUUAUUUUGUCAAAUUUCUUCAUUUUCUUUUUAUUCGCGGCAACAUUGGAUAUAAAAUUGUGUUUUGUACACGUCAAAUUUGACCUUGAAAAAGUUGGUCAAUUUUUUCAUUAAUUUAUUGUUGGUGUAAAGCGGGUAUAAGAUUGACAUUACUGAAACAAAUGUUUGGUAGAAACCAAGAAAACAUUAUUUUCGGAUUAUUGUAUUCUAGAGUAUUUUUCUUAGAAUACACAAUAUUCAGAAGAUUUAGCUGAUUUUUCAUAGUUUGGAGAAAUAAGCAACAUCCUUUGUUUUAUUGUAAAUUAAAGUUCAAGGUAUUUUCUUCUUGAUUUCGCUCUACCUCUUUUGUAGUGAUGUUGAAAAAGUAACUAUUCGUUACAAAGUACUCGUUACUUACGAAUACCGAAAGUAACGAUUACUGUACAGAGAGGCAAAUCGUUACUUUGAUUACUCUGAUUACUUCGUUACUUCGUACCAAUCGUAUCAGAGCGAGUAACGACUAUUGUAUCUUCUUUGAUUACUUUGAUUACUCUGAUUACUUCAUACUUCGUGAAGGUCGUUAUUAUAUCGGAAUACCUAUAAAAAAUACCUACCUACUGAGAACUACGAUUCUCGAUAUGAUUACCGGUACUCAAAUACAAAAGUAAUCAUAGUAAUCAAAGUAACAAAUACUGUAAAUGAUUACUUUAUACAAAAUACCUACCUUCUGAGAAAUACGAUUUUCGAUAUGAUAACCGGUACUCAAAUACAAUAGUAACAAAAGUAAUCAUAGUAAUCAAAGUAACGAAUACUGUAAAUUAUUACUUUGUACAAAAGUAACGAUUUAUAACGAAUACUCGAAAGUAACUGUAAUCAACAUAACUACUCUUUUGGGACGGUGAUUGUCUUUCUUAUUCCAUGUGUUAAUAUUCCACUCUUUUUUUUUUCUUUUUAGUAUGAGGUUAUUAAUGUCUUCAAUCGCGGUCACUUUGCAGUACAGACUGUUAUGAAGAACAGUGUUACAUGUUCUACGAAUGUACAAUAGCUUACCUACAUUUAGCUUAUCGGCAGUACUCGGAACAUUUUAAGUCACUAGUAUGUUUAUUAAUUUAUAGCCUACGUUCCAUUUAUGUGUCUGGUAUUCAACAUCUUCCAAUUUUUCUACAUUUAUAUUUACAUAUAUCAAAAGCCUCUGAACCCUUACCCUUGAAUACACCUAUUUUAGUCUUCCUUGUGUACAGGUUUCAGUGGCGUAGCUAGGGUGGGGCGGAGGGGGCGUUCCGCCCCGGGUGUCAGCCGUUUGGGGGUGAUACCCGUACUUGACCACAAAAGAAUGAAUCGUUAAUUUGUAACAUUUGUAACUUUACUCACUUUGCAAUCAAAAUACAACUCGAUAUUAUUUUGUGAACACACGAAACCGGGAAAAGUCGAGGUCUAAGAGGCAUUUCUUGAAUUUUUUUCAUUAAAAGGAAAAAAGCAGUUGAUCUAAGUACCUAAGUGACAAAAUUCUCAAGAAGCUUGAAAUGUAUGGUUUAGAUAUUACGAAGUCCCGUUCACAGUAAUACGAUAAUGCAGCUCUUAUGAGCGGCGCACAUGGAAGAAUACAAGCUAUUAUUAAUGCAAAAAACAAACAUGCCAUUUUCGUUGGAUGUAUUGUUCAUUUAAUUAAUUUAUGUGGCCAGUACACUUUUGCACAAAAUACAUCUUGUAUAACAUUUUUCGGAACUGUAGAGGCUAUUUUUUUAAAUAAUAUUUUGCUUCCACUAGCUGCUGGGAAGUGCUCACUAUGCUGUAGUUAAAGUAUUGGCAGAACAUUUUGAUAGUGCCGUUGAUGCAAUUGAGGAAAUAUGUCAUAAACAAGAAAAUUUAGUGCUGCCCACAUAGGCGUAACCAGGGGGUGGUUUUGGAGGUUAUAGCCCCCCUUUUGGAUGUACUUUGAGCUCUAUACGCUUAACACCAUUAUUAUUCCAUACCCCUCAGAGACCUUCAAGUAGAUGUGACCCCCCCUCUGAGCAUCAUCCUGGUUACACCUCUGGCUGCCCAACCUUAUGCCCGCUGUGUGUAAUUUCACAUUUCUUUGUUUUCUUUUCUUUUGGAAUAAUGUACUAAAAGAAAUAAAUGUCCUUCAAAUUGAAUUGCAUAAGAUAUUCAGAUAUUGUAAAGGCAUAAUCAAUCAAUCAAAGGCUGAUCAAUCAGCGACCAAAAUAGGGGCACUUCGUCUUUAUAUUACAGAAAAACGUGGUCAUAUUAUAGAUGAAACGAUAGAUUAUGCCACGAAAAAAUAUGAGCACGACGACAUUCAUACCGAAAAACGAAUUUGCCGUCAAAAAACGAAUGGAUGGUGACUUAGCUACCGAUACAACAGGACUCACACUUCGAGUCGAACUUCAAGAGGAUAAUAUGUUGGAAUGUUUUAACUAACAUUUCAAUGUUGAACUCGAAACCAGAUUAAAGUCCAUUCAUGAUGUGGCUUUAUUGUUCGAGUUUGUUUAGACACACACUUUGCUUUUAUAACGAAUAGUGAAAAGUUGAAAUUAGCUAUUUUAACAUUUUGUGACUUUUACUAUGAAGAGCUAGGUAUCGCAAGAAGUAGAAAUCCUCCUGCUAGAAAUACCAAGGCUCCGAAGUCAUUUACAAGCCUCUAAAUGGUUAGCUGUAGACUUUGGGAAUUUGAAUAUGAUUUCAUGGAAUUCCUCCCAAACUGAAUGGUUUUAUUAAAAUUAAAAUUGUUUAUGACCAUUUGUUGCUUCAUGUGAGAGAAGAUUCAGUAAGCUUAAAGCAUUACUUGCGAAUAGCAAUGUCGCAAACAAGGCUAAAUAACCUGGGUUUAUUAACUAUCGAAUAUGCAAUACAAAACAUAAAUAUAGAAAGUGUGAUUUCAGGGUUUGCCGCUAGUAAAGCUAGAAAAAAAAAAGAUUUUAAUUCAUUCACAUAAUGUAAAAAAAAAAUUAAUAAGCUGUUAUAUCAGUACUAUUUACUACGAUUUCAUUCUAUAAUUCUUAAUUUUUCAUUAUACGUUCAAAACAUAUGUUUAUCGGAUUUCCGUUGAUUUUCACAAUAUUUAUUUUUAGGAUUUGGGGUUGUCAAAUGAUGACCGCCCCGGGUGUCACCCAUGCUAGCUACGCCACUGACAGGUUUAUUGCCAAAAACAAAUUUAAAAUCGUAUCUUUUUGUAAUAUUUUUGCUCGAUAUCUUAAGUCUAAGAAUUUGUUCUGUUCUAAAAAAAUGUUCCAAUAGCUUAUGAUUAAGUAUAUUUAUUUAUACAAAUAUUAACAUUAUUUAUUACCUUUACUGCGAAUUUUUCACCACAAUUUCAGUUGGAAAUACGUUUAUUUUGACGUUUCAAUUUCCAUUUUGGAAAUUGUUCUCGAAUCUAACCCAGUCAUGUUAUUCUUGUUAUUUCGAGAACGAUUUAGGUAAGUAGAAAUCGAAACGUCAAAAUAAACAUAUUUUUAAUUGAAAUUAUGGUUAAUUACCAUUAAUGGUAGUAAAUAAUAAGAAUAUUCCACAAGAAAAUCACUUCCGAAUAUAUUAAAUUUUAGUAAUUGUUAGGUUAGAAUACAAUUUUUUUCUGUUUAUGCACAAAUAUACACAGUGGUUCAAAGUAAUUUUAUUAGUACCCUUUAAAUUAUUAGCUUAUUUAGAAAGUCUACAUUUUCCAGAGUAAAAUUUUUGUAGAAUAUAAGUAUUCAUGUCGCUUUAUGUAAAAAGUUUUUUUGGUAGAUGUACAUAUUUGUUAAAAGAAUAUAUUAUUAUUAGUAAGAGUAUAUUGUUUAAGUAUACAGAUUUUACUUAGGAAUUUUUCCAUAUUUGGUCAACUGUUAAAAGAACUGAAAGUUUGAUAUUAUGUAUUGUAAAGUUAUUAAAUAAAUGAAUGUACUAUA